UGCUAAAGUACCAAACAAAACAUAAAACUUUUCAUUUAUCUAUAAAAAAUACUUAAUUUGAUUGUAUGUAUAACAUAGUUCUAUAAUUGCGUAUUAUACAUAUUAGUGACGUAUAUUGGUGGCGAAGAGUUUGAUAAAAAAGUUGUAGUGCAUGAAUAAAGCUCAAAGCAUAGGUAGGCAUCUACCAUGGAUGGGCCUGGAAUGAGCUUGUUUCAAGGUGCUGCAAGCAUUCACAUAAAUAAUAGCGCACAAGACAGGCUUGAAGAGCAGGAGGAACUGGAAGAUCGAAAGCGUCUCAACGAAGAGUUGAAACAUAAUCUAGACAAUGCUUUUGACGAUUUUCACGACGAUGAUUCUGUAAAUAGUAGUGAAAAUUACACUUUGGAUGCAUCUUGCCCCAAUGGAGGUCAGCAUCCAGUUAGAACUGGAUUACCACCUACAUAUGUAGAAUCUUUAAAUCAUUUAAAAGAAAUUCAACAUGCUUCUGAACCGUCAAAGCCUUUUUGUGAAAUACCUAAGAAUCAUUCGCAGCAUUUGAGGAACAUAGAGGAUCCAAUGAAACUUGCCUACAGUCCAUAUGGAGCUGGCGAUGGUCAAAAUCAUUAUUAUAAUCAAGAAUAUAGAGGUAUACCAGCAGGACAUAUCAAUGGCAUUAACAAUUUUGAGGCUCGACAAGACUAUAUGAAUGAGGAAGGGUUUAAAGUUAUGUAUGAGAUGCGUUUAAAAGAAUGUGAACAAUUAGCUGACCAGAGACAAAAACUUGACUUAGAGGUGGACAGUCUUCGAGCACGACUCACAGCUGCCUUGCAAGAUAAAGAUAAGGCAGAGUUAUCUCUGAAGGAAGCUCAUUGCUUACUUGCAUCAAGCAAGCACAAGUCAAUAGAGUUGGAGCAGCAAAUGACAUCACUCACUGAGAAGCUUGUGGGAAGUGAGCAAGAUAAAGAACAACUGAAACUGGAGCUCCGAGCCGCUAACAUAGCGGUGCAGGAAGUUCAACAAAGACUUCACACCAUGCAGGUGGCACAUUCUCACGACACUGACGCCCUGUUCAGAGAACAGCAAGAUAGGCAUCGAGAAGAGAUGGAUAGAUUGCAAAACGAUUUUAUAAAAGCUAAGAGUAGGCUUGAUGAAAAGGAUAAUGAGAUAAAAAUGUUAGAGAAACGAUGUACGGAACGCGACAGGGAGAAAGAAGCAAUACUAAUAGAAAAAGGUGCUACAAUAAAUCGAUUGGCCAGUGAAUUAGAAGUCGCACAGAGUAGACUUGUCAACGGUGAGACUGCUCAGCUUAAAGAAAAAGUUCUCCACCUGACCAAUGAAAGGAACACCGCAAGGGAACAGGUUAAGGAGCUUGGGUCAAAAUUACAAGUAACGGCGCAAGAAUUGGUUAUGUGCCGUAACAAAAUGGCUGCCACUCAGAGAGAGUAUGAAAACUGGAGGACUACACUCAAUCAGAUAUUGAUGGAGGCACUUCCUGAUAAUUGCUAUAGUCUUGGUGAUCCUCCAUCUCCUGGGAAGUUAGCAACAUUAAAAGAAGUAUUAAGUCGUCAUAAACAACAGAUACAAAAAUUGUCUAGCAUGCAAGAUGAAAUAGCAAAACGUGAAAAACGACUAGAACUUCAUAGAAAGCAAGAGUCCGAACUAAGAACGAAGUUGGAAGAACAAAAAGGUAUAGAGAUGCAACUCAACUCACGCUUGGCAGUUCUACAAAACAAAGUAGAAUUGCUCGGAACAAACACUGAUAGCGACUUAGUAGAGAGCUAUAAGGCGCAAAACGAACAGUUGAGAAAGGAUGGUGAGGAUCUAAGAGCUGAAAUAAAAAAUCUAGAAUUAAAAUACACCGAGCUCGAAAUGGAAUACGACAAACUAAAGACGGAAAAAGGUAGUCGUGCAUCGUUAGUCCAAGAAGCGAACGCUGAUCUCCUAAGGGAAUUGGAAACCUACAAUGGACGGCUAAAAAUCACUUUGAAGGAAAACGGCGAGUUGAAAACAUUGUAUUUACAGGUAUGUAGCGCACGUGAUGCAGUUUCAAGGGAACUAAAGGACGUACAAAUAAAAAGUCAAAGAGAAAUUGAACAGUACAAGUCUCAGGAGAGAGAUUACGUGGAGCGAAUAGAGAAAGAGAAGAGGCUGGUAGAAAAGUUGACAACAGAAUUGACAAACGUAAGAGAUGAAUUGGAAAGAGCUAAUAGGAGAAUAUCGGAGCUACAAAAAGAGUUUACAGACAAACAGAAGGAGUUUACUGAUAAGCUCAACAAGUUCCUCGAAGACGAGAAAACUGCAAUGCGUAAAGAAAAGGAAGCGUGUGCGCAAUGUGAAAAACAGAUGAAACACAUCAGGACCAUGGAAGAUCAACUGAGCAAGUACAAUGUGAAAUUGGCUUCCCAAGAAAGUAACGAAACGCUGAUGAAAGAGUUGAAAGGAAAAGCAGAGUUCUUUCAAAAGUACAUAAUGGAACGUUACAAGAAACUGACGGAUCUUCGCUCCGUCGGUACUAAUACUGAAGAAACGUCAGCGCAGAACGUACCUAUUGUCGAUCCAGCACCUGACUGCGAAGAUCCUCUCGCUGCUAAGACUGCGUUAAUGAUGAAGGAAAAGGCGAUACGGGACCAAAUAGCGGAAAAGUUCACCUUAGAAAUCAAAACGAUAGAAAUGAACUGCGCAAGGCGUUUAAAAGAAAUGGAAACCGAACAACUAGCAACUGUGACUAAACUAAAAGACUUACUAGAACGAAAGGCGAAGGAAAUUGACACAUUAAAAGAAUUCAUAUUAUCUGAGAGAUCGAAGGUUACGCAAAUAUUAGAGUCUAAAGAAAAUGAGAUAUCGGUGCUUAUAAAAGAGCAUAAUGAAUUGCAAAAGGAAUGCCAAAGAGCAAAGGACGAAAUCGUUGAAUGGAGGCAUAAAGCUGAAAAGUUUAAGGAACGGCUAUCCCGGCUGGGUUCCUUAGAAGAUAUAUUGAAGAAGGAGAAAGAAGAUUGGAAACAGAAGACAAGCUCCAGUGCGAAAGAGUGCCACUCGUUGAGGACUAAAAUAUUGGACCUGCAAUCGGCUCUGGUGCAAAUAGAACAGAAAUACGCAACGUUGCAGCACGACCACCAAACAAUGCAGGAGAAAUAUAAGAACGCUAAGAGAACUGUUUUGACUUAUAAGGACUAUAUGGCGAAAAAAGACAACCACAUAAACAAUGAAAUGAACAGGAUACAAGAUGAAUACAGGAAAAUAUUUGUAAAACUGCAGAACCAAUUAAACUAUUACGUGAACUGUAGGGUCCAGGAAGAAAGGAAACAUAAGGAAAAGCGGACACCGUCGCAGUCUCAGCAAUACACGCAGGUUGAUUACACAGAAAGAAUAAACGAACUGACGGAAGAUUUCGCGAGACUUGCCCAAGCUAACUUUAAGGACAGCCCGGACAGUGUUCACUGACAAAAAAGGUACAACAAACAGUGGAUUGUUAAUAGGUCAAAAGCUAUUAUGCUUGUCUUCACUUCAUGCCUGACCAAGACAAGGCUCAAAAACAAUAAUUUUUUAUUUCAACCAAUGAGGAUCAAGCAAUUUUUAUGGCAUCCAAUGAGCAGUCAAAUACAUCACAUUAAAUAUGUCACAUUACCAUUUUGUUAAAGGUAGAUUUUUCAGUCGAUGACAUUGUAUUCUAAUAUAUUAUUGUACAGGAAAUCUGUUAAGUGGAGUUUCAUUAUUGGCAUGGCACAUGGCUUUCCUACAGUCCGGCAUUUUUAAUUUUCAAUAAAAUAGCUGCUACGCAUAAAAUUUGUAUAAAAAGCUGUGCAUCAAUACAAACUAAUUUCACUACGUGAUUAUUCUCUUGUUAUCUAUUUCCAGCUUCAUUCUUUUCAGAUUCAUACUCGUUUAACACAUGGCUGCUGAAUAAAAAUAAAUUAUUGCUGGCAAGUAGGUAAAGCAAAAUAUUCAAGUUCUCUUUAUUUUGUAAAUUUUACGCAAAUUUAUGUUUUUAAUAUGUCAAAAGAGAUGUCCUAUGUGAAAUUUAUGUUUUUUUUAUUAUUAUUAUUAUUUAACACUUUAUUUGUACACCACAAUUAUGUUAGGAAAAUAAAAAAACAAUAUUAUUCGCGUAGACGCUUAAAGUAAUUUCACGGUAUAUCAACACAGGCUGCUCUGACUUUAUUUUUGUCUUCAAUUUAUUGACACCAUUUUAGCGUUGUUAUACGAGUGUCCUAGGAAGUAAAUUAGAAUAACUAAAAACACCAUAAUUUUAGUUCCAAAGACAUUGUCACAUUUAGAGAUUUAUGUGAGGAAAACU